AUGCUUCCACAGCUGAGCCCAAUUCCAACUCUUCCCAAACCGUUUGGGCCACACAAAGUCGGCACCACGGAAUGGGAGAUUCCUGUGUCUGAGAUCCCCUCGCCGUCGCCAACACCGGAGCCUCGAAUCACCACCGUCAAGUUUCGCCUGUUUUACCCUACGACGCCAAAGGCAAAGUCGAAGGUCUCGGUGCCCUGGCUUCCAACACCGCAGCGAGAAUGGAACCAGGCAUAUGCCUCUUUCCUGGGGGCGAGUCCUCGCGUCUCCUCGCUGAUUUCACUCAUCCCAUUCCUGAUCAACAUGACCAACAUACCGGCUGUGGCAGACGCGCCGCUAUUGUCGAAGAACGCACCCUCAAAGUACCCGGUGGUGGUCUUCUCGCAUGGGUUGGGAGGGAAUUUCAACGCCUACAGCGCCGUGUGCGCAGCCCUGGCCAGUUUUGGGAUCGUCUGCGCAGCCCCUGAGCAUCGUGACGGCAGUGCUCCUAUUUCUCUAAUCCGCUCAGCCGAUGGCCGUAGAGCCACCACAGUCCCCUAUCAAAAGCACCCUCACGCUCCGACCACCAAGGUCCUCAAUGCUCGCAACGCUCAGUUGAGGAUACGACUGUGGGAGCUGGAACAGCUAUUCACCGUUUUGACAAGUUUCAAUCAUGGCAAGACCUUCUCCAACUAUGCAGCGGUGCAGAGCAAGUCGAAGCCAGGCCCGUCGUUGAAGGACGCACUCGAUCUGCGGCCGGGCCACGUAACGUGGGCAGGUCAUUCCUUCGGUGCUUGUACUAUUGUCCAGUUUGUUAAAUCAGUCUAUUAUCACGAAUUCCUACCCUCACUCAAAGGUACCGAGUUUGAGAAUGAUCUGGACUGGCGUCCUCUCUAUAAGCCCGCCGACAAUAGUGAUCUGGUCAAGCAAAUCACACCAGACUCCCCCAUAAUUUUGCUCGACUUAUGGGCUAUGCCAUUACGUGCCGGCCUGACGAAAUGGCUCUGGGAGAAGCCUCUGCCCUGUUACCAUCGCAGAUCGACCGAUGGCCAGAAUCACCCUCCCACGAACGUCGUUGCGAUCAUCUCUUCCGAAUUCUACAAAUGGCCCGAGUUGCUGAAUCGGAUGAAGGCCGCACUGUCCGCCAGACCCGCCGAGGCCAUGUACACGCUGGAGAAGCGCGAAGCUGCUCGGUCUGUCAAGCCCCAGCAGAAGUCGGAACCGCAGCUGGUGGCGACGCCUGGUGACAAGCUCCCUCCUGGUGUACAAGAGCCGGAGGUAACGUCACGCCGAGGGUUCGAGGCCAAUCGGGCUGAAGAUCUAGAAUCGGAUGAUGGGGACGAGCUCUUCGUAACGCCUUUUGCGACGCCGGGAGAAGAGUUUCCGCUCGACAAGAUCAUGAAAGACAGGCGUAGCGGGUUUGAAGCAUGGAGAAAAGUGCGAGACAUGGACACUGAGGCGGAGAGAGAAACCGACGAGCAAUUAAUGAGAGGCGCGAUCAGGCAGCCACUGCCAGAUUCAGAACCGGAAGAUGGAGACGAAGACGAAGACGAACUGGGAAGCAUCGAGCUGGAUCCCCAAUCAGACGAAGAGAGGCUCUCAGAAAUCCCCCCCACGUCUAGAUCAUCUACCUCCAGCAACGUUACUUCUUCCUCGGCUUCGCCAUCAGAUUCCACAUCCUCACUGUCAACACCCGCCUCAUCUAUCCAACUCAGCCGCACUUCCUCCCCGUCACCUAUCUGCGACAGCGUUUCCAACGCAAGCUCGACCUCUGACGCUGACGUCAAGGCUACCACCACGACUCCUUGCGUAAAUGAACCCGACUCCGGUAAUUUCGACCUCUCCUUCUCGCCCUUCUCUUUGCUCCCGCUGGAUCUCCCCAAACUUUCCGUCGCUCCAAACGCCAACACGCCAUCUCCCUCAGACCCGCACCUCUACCUGAUCCCUAACAGCGCCCACCUGUCACAGUCCGAUUUCGGCGUGCUCUUCCCAAAUGUCACGAGGUAUCUCAUGAACGCCGAGUCCCCGGUGGAGACCAUCAGACUGAACGUCCGAGCGAUGUUGGCCGUUAUGAGGAACGCUGGGCUAGACGUCGAGAGCUACCGCGCUGAUUGUGUCCGCGAGAAGAAAAAGACUCAGAUGCCUCCUCAGCGAGACGAAGAUGAUAAUGAUGAUGACGACGACGGCGACAAAGGAGUUGACCCAAUUCUCACGGAACGGUGCAAGGAGGAGCGCUUUCUAAGGGUCGAUAUUUACUGA